UCGGGUGCCACAAGAUUGGUUUUUUUUGCUGAGAAUUUGGAUCUUUGGAACAUGUAUAUUUUGUUUACGUUAAAAGUUUUAUUUUAUUAAAGUUAUAAUUUAUAUAAAAACAAAUUUUGUUUUUUUUGUUUUGUUAGUUUCGUUUGGGGUAGCUAUCUUUGAGAUUUUACUUAUGUUGACCUUGAAGAUACAUGGAACAAAAUAGAUAAUUAUUUAUCACUUUCUGAGCGUCGUCAAACUUUAAAGUACUCCGUCUCAGGAUUUACGGCUCCAAUAAGGGUAUAAAAAUUUUCUUAUAUUUAAAUUGUUUUAUUGUUAUGUUUUUUAUUUUAAUUUAACUUUUAUUACUGUAAUUGUAAAAAAUUGUAGAUAUGGAUAUAUGAGAUGAUUCCGUCUGUUCGUGCAUGUGGAUUUGUAUUGAGAAAAAAUAAAGACAUGCCUCGGAUGAAACGAUGGAGUGGAACAAAAAAAUUGAAAUGGGUUGACGUGAACAAGAUUUGGUCAAAGAUACAGGAGGGGCAACCACCAAGACAAAACAUGUUACCGGGUGAUGGUGAGAUGACAUCUUGUUAUUAUAUGUCAUUUCAAGAGUAUGUUUAUGGUGAAGGGAAAGCAGUUUCAUCCCCAGUACGGGACCAUUUUAAGAGACAAGACGAAUCUUCGUGUAGUAUGUCGUCCAGUGGUCGCUCUCAUGGUAGAGGUAGGGGCAGUGAGAAACACAACCUAGACGAGGUGUUGAAACGGCUACAUGCACUGGAGCAGCAUUUGUUUAUGAACCGACAACCUACAGAGGUUUUUGUUGAAGAAGUGAAUACUGGAGAAUUUUGGAACGACAUUACUUUUGAUGAUCCGAUAGUGUCACAAAGAAAAUAUGAUGAACAGACGACAAUGUUGUUAUAG